AUGGGGAAAAAGAAUUCGAGAUUAUUGAAUAAAAUCUAUCAAAAACCUUUACCUGUUGUACUUGCUGGUGAAAAAUAUGGAAUUGAUUUGAAGAAUAUUGGCAAACAAAGCCCAUUGCUUUGGGUUUGGUAUUUGUUGAAGUUGGUCAAGCUCAAUUUCUUGCUGUAUUUUAGACCAGUGCCUAUUAAGCAAGUUGAUGUACAAUUUGAAAAUGGGAUAUUCAAGGUUGUUGAUGAGAAAUCAAUGGUUAAACUUUGGAGAGAAGGUUUUUUUGGUAAAGGUAUAUUGUCUAGAUCAGAUCCAACGUGGUUUGAAAGAACCAAAACUAGGUUGAAUUUGAGAGCUGAGAGUUUAAAGAAUCUGAAGCAGAAUGUUGUUAAGGAGGAUUUGACAAAAGCUCGAAGAUUGGAAAGGUUGGAAUUUAAGAAGAAGAGACAAGAGUUGCAAGAUUUGGUGUUGAAACAAAGGCAGGGUAUUAUAACAGAAGAUGAAUUGAAGGAAAUGCAAGUUAUUGACGAGUACUUACUGGAGUAUAGAAAAAAGGAUAGCGUUGUUAUUAAUAUUGUAAAUAGUGACAAUAACGAUAGCAUGAAUAAAGAUGUCGAGAUGAGGGUAGAAGAUGAGCUGAUUAUAGAUGAGAAUGGAUUUUUGGUACAGCUAGAGUAUAUGCAGUUACAAGCAGUUGAGGCAUUUUUUCUCAAGUUUGCAUUGGAUCUGAUUGCUGUUAUUGGCAAAGGCGAAGAUUCCCUUUCACUUCGACUGUUGUUUGAACAAUGUUGUCGUCUUUACGAUGUAAAUGCUGUUGACAGUUUUACCAACAGUUCCAACGAUAGCAACAGCACUAUUGAUGCAAACAACAAGUUCAUCAUACAUUAUAUAGUCUACCAUUAUUUCAGAAGCAAAGGUUGGUGUGUUCGAUCAGGGAUCAAGUUUGGAUGUGAUUUCUUGUUGUACAAGAGAGGUCCUCCUUUUUCCCAUGCCGAGUAUUGUAUUCUGAUUAUGCAAGAUAAUGAGCUGAGUGUCAGUUUUAUAAAUGACUGGACUCAAAUGAGUGGGCAAGCGAGAGUCAUUGGUGGUGUAAAGAAGAAUUUGGUGCAAAUAUAUGUUGAGCCACCUACUCAAGAUGAGUUUGACAAAAUUUACUACCACAAUGAGAAGGAAAUUGAUGAGGGACUAAAGUUGAAGUUGUUGCUCAGCAAGUAUAGAGUGUCAGAGCUUUUAUAUAGAAGAUGGAAUCCUAGCAGGACUAGAGAUUAA